AUGGCACCUACACUUAGAUCAUCACAGGCGAAGAUGCCACCUACACUCAUUUUGAUCAGGCAUGCUGAGGCGGAGCAUAAUGCCACUGAGAAUUGGGACUUACCAGAUCCGAGAUUGACCGAAGCCGGGAUUCAGCAAUGCGAAGACUUACAGCGGCAUCUGCAGAGCAGUUGUCCACUGGCGCAGCGAGUCGAGACUAUCAUCACAAGUCCGAUGAGGAGGACCUGCCAAACUACACUGACCGCCCUGGCAUGGUUGGUGAAAAGUGGUAUACCAGUCGAAGUGAACGCCAUGUGGCAAGAAAACUCCACCGAGCCCUGCGACUCAGGAACUGCGAUUCCCAAAGUGGCGAAGGAAUUUCCAGAGCUGGACUUCAGCACUGUUGACCCAACCUAUCCCAACAAAGGACCCGGUACGCCUUAUGCAUUCGCCGAGUCUGCGAAUGCCGCUCGUGGGCAAGCCUGUCUAAGAUCUUUGUAUGAUCGGCCAGAGAAGGUCAUCGCCGUGGUGAGCCAUGCUGGAUUUCUCAGGACUGCGAUCACAAAGCGACGGUAUGCGAAUGCCGAUUACAGGAUCUUUACAUUUAAGAAGAGUAACGGCGGUGCGCUGGAAUUGGUCGAAGACUUGAGCACUAUGCGGAAAGGUGGUGGGCUAGGGAGAAGUCCAAAGGGUAUCUUCAAGGUGAAAGAGUGGGACUUCCCACCUGAAGAGGCAGAGGCAGGGGAAGAGAGAGACGAGAUGUGA